UCAUUUGAACGGGAAGAAGAGAGCUCUCAUAGGGGAUCGUGCACUGAUGAUCAGGUUAUUACAUUCCAAUUGGAUAAUGAUGAUAAUGUGAGCGAUGGAACGAAAAAGCAGGUUCUUUAGCAACACAGAUAAGCUUAAAAAGUAUUCAAGUUACUUUAAAGAGGCCUUAAAAUAGAAUUCCUGACAGCAGUGUAACCAUUAUCCUUCCUGGAUGGGUUUCUUUAUCCUCCUUAAAUAUUUUCCUGAAGUUCAUCAACGAGGACUUACUUCCUAAAACAAUGAAGCCAGAGGACGCCCUGAAAGUUCUCUGGAUUAGCGAUUACUUCAAGGUUAAUGAAUUAACAGAAAUCUGAAUUAACGCAUUCAUAAUCCCUCAGUUAAAAUAAGACUAAUAUCAUAAAGUUCUCGAAAGAAGCAUAUAAUAAACUCAAAGCUAAGGAUAGUGAUGAUGAGGUCCCUCCCGUGUGGUACGAGAUGCUUGAUAAGUGUAUCAACUUCCUUGUUUACCAUUGCCCAAGCGAGAUUCUGUACAAGAAAGACGCCAGAAGUUUACCCAUAAGUCUUAUUGAGGAGGUCAUAGAAAGAAAAUGAAAGAACAUUUUCCAGCUUCUCAAGUCUGAGGAGAAGAAGGUGAUUACUAAGGAUGCUGAACUACAGUUCCAGGAUGGACCAUCUCUUACAUGGGAGUUAACCAACUUUACAGAUUCCUAUCAUAAGGAUAGUGAGCCUUUUGUUAUUGACGGUCAUGCAUUCAAAUUAACAAUCCAGUAUAUGGGAGAUUCGUUACAACUGAAGGUAUCUAGUGUAGAGCCUAGUCAACUCAAAAAGCUCAGAAAUUCUUCAGAUCUUCCAAUUGAUUUCUUCCAGUCAUAUGAUCCACAACCUGACAAUAUUCUUUCAGCAAUGUAUAAAAUAGAAAUUGGAAGUUUUGUAAUGGAAGAGGCAGGGAUUGCUUCGAUAUUUGAAGAUGGAACUUUCAAGGUUGAGUUAGCAAAUAUUCCUGACUUUGAAUAUGAACAGCAUCUUGAACCAAACAACACGCUCCGAGUCCAACUUUACUUCAAAAUCAAAUACACUCACUCUGCCAUUCUCUCCCAGAUCGCCAAGAAUUUCAACUAUUACCACACCGACGAGUCGAUCAAGCUGCUUUCUGCAGACCACCUGAUCUUCUUGUUCAAGUUCGACUUCCUCGAAGUGAUGAGUGAAGACCAAGUCUUGCUCUCAUAUGUGCUCUGGUUGCAAGCAAACAACUCUGAAGUCGACAACUCUGCUCUGAGUCACAUCCUGGACAACAUCCGGUGGAACCAUGUGACGAUGAAGACUCUGCACAAAGUCAUGAUCUGCCACAAAGUCGCCAAAGACAAUGCAGACAUGCGCAGGAUCUUCAAAGGCGAGCUCGAACGCAGGAUGCGAGAACUCUUGCAGGACCGAGACUCUAGCGAAAUGUAUGCAGUGUACUUGCACAAGAACGAGCCCAGGAAGUCCUACAUGGACUUCUUGCGGCCGGAGUCAUCCACCUUCAUCUUCGACUACUUGUUCACACAGCUGCUCGAAGUCAGGCCACAGCAAGAAGUCGUCAGGACUCCGCAGAACAUCGACAACAGUGUGGAGAUGGUGUCCAAGAGCAGCUCGGUGGUGCAGGACUUUGAGAGUAGACAAGACAACGCAUCUGUGGCAAGGCCAGAGGCACAGAGGACGAGGAUAAGAGGGAACAGGCAGAUAAACAAAGUUGAGGAUUACAUUACUCCAAUGAAAGAUGAAGAUCAAGAAUCUCGCAAAAGCUCAACUGAUAACAACCCCAUUCGAAACAUUCCAUCAGAAACAGACAAGAGGACCAGAAUAAAUCGAUUAUUUGAUUCUAGAAACUCUCAAGAAGAUGAGAAAUAUUCUGACCAAGAUAAGCAUGCUUACAAAGGACCUCCGAACAUGGCUUCCUUUGAUAUCCCUAAUUCAAUGAAUGAUACUGCUAAUAAUCAUGAUUGCAUAGGCGACCCAGAGAGUGCCUACAACCAGGACACAUUUGGAGGAGAGAACUCCAUUAACAUGAACAAUCUUUUUGAAAGGAAGCAGUUUUAAUUGGUAAACUUCAGAAGAAGAUUAAUAAACAACGAAUAGUU